UACUGUGUGUAUGUGUGUGUAUAUAUAUAUAUAUAUAUAUAUAUAUAUAUAUAUAUAUAUAUAUAUAUAUAUAUAUAAGACCUAACAGUAUUGAAAACAAUAUAAACCACUAGGAAUGCAUUAUAGUGAGAUUUCAAAGUAUGUAAGAAAACAAAAAAAUAAACAAACACAAUUUUAAUGUGACACUUUUUCUAUACUUUCAUUUUAUUUCCCUGGCCUGGAAACUUGAUUUUUAUUUUUUGGUGCAUCUCUUUCAUGUACAAAGUAUGAUUUCUUUGGCAUGUUACAUAUAUGCAUAUUGAUAUUUUUUCAGUGUGUUUGUAAAUGCUCAAUGUUCUGUAAUAAAUCAGUAGAAUGAAAUAGCUGGUCUGGUCCAUGCUAACAGAAGGUGGCGCUAAUGCGCUAUUUCAGUUUGCGAGCCGCUGCUAAACAAAAGAAAAGAAGAGUCUCUUGCAACUGGAUGGCGGGGAGCUGAGCACCAAAAUAGUAUGUCUAUGAUGGGGGAUCAUAUUAUACCCUAAUAUAAAAUCUAAAAGACGUAUUUUACCAUAAUUUGUACUUUAAGCUAAUUGUAGAAAGAGACUAAUUAAGAUAAAGCCCAGAAAAAGCCUGUACAUAUCUCGAAUAUCACAAGUGUGUGAUCUGCUGCUGUAAAGAUGAUUUUUGUCAAAAAGGAGAACGAGGUAAUGUGGGAUCCAGAACUCUGCAGAAUAAAAAAAGAGGAACAAGCAGACCUGAUGGAAGUGAAAGAGGAAAGUCAAGAUCUGGAUGAAGUGGAGGAGAAACAUCAGCAUCAGAAAGCAGAUGAUUCCAUAAAUGGAGAACAAUCACUGAGUUGCUCUCAAAAUGAAAACUGUUUCUUACAAAGCAGCACUCAAAAAGCAGAAGUUAAAGGGCCCUACACAAGUCCUCAAUGUGGAAAAGCUUUCACACGUAAAAGAAACCUCUCUGAACAUAAGAUAGUUCACACUGGAGAGAGUCCUCGCACAUGUCCUCAAUGUGGAAAGACUUUCAAACGAAAAGCAAGCCUCAAGAAUCACAUGAGAACUCACACUGAAGAGACGCCGCACACAUGGCCUCAUAAAGAAAACCGUGAAAGUCAAGUAAAAAUUCACACUGGAAAGGGCCUUUUCACAUGCCAUCAUUGUGGGAAGGGUUUCACUCUCAAAGUGAAGUUGAAUCAACACAUGCAAAUUCACACAGGAGAGAACCUUUUCACCGGCUCUCAGUGUGGAAAGAGUUUCAUAAAUAAAACUCAAGCUGAAACGCACUUGAGAGUUCACACACACAAAAAGACCUAUACAUGUCAUCAGUGUGGAAAGAGUUUCAGAUGGGGAAACAGUCUCAAAUAUCAUCUGCGCUGCCAUCACGGUGGAAUAAAGGAAUUUAACUGUGAUCUCUGCGGUAAAAAGUUUGCAACAACAUCAUGCCUAAAGAGACACCUGAAUGCUCAUACCAAAAAGAAGUCUUAUGACUGUUCUGCUUGUGGAAAGAGUUUUGUAUGGAUGGACUCUUUUAAAAGGCACCAGAAGGCACAUGGGAUUGUGAAAAGCCAUGUGUGCUGUGAGUGUGGAAAAGCCUUUAGUCGAGUUGACUAUUUGAUAAAACACAAAAGAGUCCACACUGGAGAACGACCGUACAGUUGCUCAUAUUGUGGAAAGAGUUUCAUGCAGUCAGGAAACCUGGUAACACAUGAAAAACUGCACACCAGAGAGUCGCUCAGUGUUGUCACACCAGAGAAAGAGCGUUUCACCUGCCCUCAGUGUGGAAAGAGUUACACACGUAAAGGACGACUUCAGGAACAUAUGAUCAUUCACACUGAAGAAAACCCUCACGUGUGUCCUAAUUGUGGAAAGACGUUCGCGCGAAACGCAAACCUCAAGAAUCACAUGAAAACUCACUCUGGAGAGAGGCCUUUCACCUGCCCUCAGUGCGGAAAGACAUUCCAACACAAAGGAAAUUUUAAGAGGCACAUGUUAAGUCACAAAGAAGGGAAACUUUUCAAUUGCUCUCAUUGUGGAAAAAGAUUCAUAUGUAAAGGUAACCUUGAUAAACACAUAUUUGUGGGCAGUUGCGGCCUGAUUGUUGGAGAAUCUGACUUUUCGCAGUUUCUAGUCUCAGUACCGGCAGGGAAUGUAGGUGAUGGGAGUGAAUGAACAGCUCUCUCUUUCCCUUGAGCAAGGCACCUAACCCCCAAUCGCUCCCCAAGAAAUAAACCAUUUUUCUUCCAAACGCUCCCCAGGCGUCACAGCAAAAAUGGCUGCCCACUGCUCUGGGUGUGUGUGUGCACUUUGAACGGUGAAAUGCAGAGCUCACAUUCUGAGUAUGGGACACAGUACUUGGCUACACGUCACGUCACAUUUAAUUCACACUGGAGAGAAGAUGUUGAAUCCAACAUUUAUUGAAUCUGUCUCUUUAAGCAAGGCCACUAAUGUUUGUGUGCUGAUUGUGCAUUAUAAAAAUAAAAAAGUAUUUGUCAAAAUUAUGUGUGAUCAAUUAAUGCAAACAGGAAACACCAAUACCAAUACUUACCAACCCCCCCCCCACUAUAAAUAACCACUAUAAAGUCAAGAUACAUUUUUUGUUACAGCUGUGGACUAUAUUGACAAGAGUGACGUAGAAGUAUUUACAGUGAAGCUUACACUGGCGACGUACCUGAAAGAAAACGGAUUUGACUGUAAAUUAUCUCAUUUUCAGCAGUAAGAAAUAAGUGUUUUAAAGCUUGUCGUUUUGUAGAAUAUCACAGUUAUAUGUGUUAUGAGAAUAGUAAGGCCUGUAGAUAGGGAGUACAUGUUAUUUAAGGAAAAUAUAAUUAUAUUUUCAGAAUGAUGAACAUUUUUUUCAGACAUUGUCUGUGGGGUAAAACGCCCCAUUCACACUAUCAUAAUUUCUGUAGUUACUCUGUUCUGCACAUCAAAUCCUUUGUUUUUCAAUCAAAUGUAAUCUAAUUAGGUGGUUGAAUAAAAAUAUUUGGACUUUAUAUUUAAAAAUUACCUCAAGUUAGCAUCAGGUAACUAGUUAGCUAGCCAGUUAGCAUCAGCUAACAGUAUUUUUCAAAUAAGAUAUUAUAAUUUAGUAAACCAUAAUUAUUGAUUAUAUUCUUUUUAAUUUUAAGCUGCUUUGCUGUAAAUUUAUAAAGCAACUUGCUUUGUCAGACUGGCAGCAUUUUUACCUCACCUGUGGGGGAAAACGCCCCUUUGGUACAAAUUAAAUUUUUGUUAAAAAUCUAAUAACAUGAAGACAUUUUUCAUACUUGGUUUAUAAUUUAUGUCAUUGUCACUAAAACUAAGAUAGCUAUUCUGGACUUUUGUCUCACAGAAAACAAAUUACAAAGUUCUUAAGGGGGGCAUUUUCUCCCACUCCACCCUUUGCUCACAUAAAAUGGGGGAUGAUGAAACAGUAAAAUGUGCUCAAAGUAGUGAACUUGAUUGGAUAUUAUUCUUGUGGGUUGGAAUUAAUUGUGACAUAGUGAAAUUGAUGUAGAAUGUGAUAAGCUUGGUGAUGUCUGAACUCUCUUCAGUUAUUUUAAAAAUAAUUUGGGUCUGAUGUAAACAGCUGCAGAGAUAAAGCAAGGUCAAUCCGUCCUCCUCUAUUUUAGAUUCUAGAAUUUCAAGAAUGUUAUUUAUUAUUAGUGUUUUGUCAGCAUUUUAUUUUAUUUAUUUAUUUAAUUUUAAUUGACAUUUAAAUGCGUUUUCAAGCUUUCAGUUUCAGAUAAAAGUCUAAUGUUUGGACGUUGCUAUUAGCGCCCAUUGUGACCAAUAAUCAACAACAAAUGAUCUGUUGGCCAAUAUGAGAAUCAAAGUGGAAGGCGAAAAGCUGAGAGGAGUGUAUAUAUAUCACAGCGUGGUUUUCAGUUAUUUUCAAGUCGUGUCAUCACUGAAGAGGAGAACUGCAGUGGUGUCUUUGAAAAUCAUCAGAUGAGUUUGAUCAAAGAGCGUCCCACCUGCACACCGUGUGUGAGGUCAAUGCAUCAGAGCACACUGACUCUUGGCGAUCAGACUAAAUCCAUUUAUUCUACAACACACGCAGAGAGCUUUUCUGGGAGAGGACGUGACGGUCAAGCACUGGUCUUUUUACCCCAAGAUCCGUGUUAUCCUUCUCAGCAUAAUAGAAAGCCGGACCUCAGUAACAUACGUGUGACACAAGCACAGACACACUCCAGAGAUGUACAUGGCCCAAAGGACAUCAUACCACAUCAUGUCCUACACAGAGUGGGGGUACAGAACAGGGCGCAGAACCGUGAUGGUUUUGUGAUGAAAGAGGUCACCAACCCCACUGAGGCCACAACGUGCCAGACAACGUAUCGAACAGUGCACUGCUCCACUUCCAGCAGAUAUCAAACAAAUGGAUCAAGCGGACAACCUGUCUCCUGGCACAGGCAUAAUAUCAUCACAGGAGAGGAGAAGACCUCAGUGGGGACUGUGCGGCCAAGAAGACAGUCUGGGGAGAGCGUUCUGUGGGCAGCGCGGCGCUCGGAGACACAUUGUGACUCUUUUCGUUUGUACUGAACCUCUCAGCUAGAAAGUCACAACACCAAUAAAUGGCCAAUAAAAUAUUCUCAAAACUGGA